UCGCUCCGCAGCAAUAAGCGGACGAAGCAUUCAUCCGUGAGAAUUUGCAUUUUUGCUCAAAUCAAGCCAGUGACUGGGCACAAAUGUCUAACUUAGUAAACAUAUUCGUCAUACAUUAUAUACUCGAAAAUAACUUCUAUGUUCCAGUUGCUGUCAAUGAAGAAAACCUUGUGAUCAGCAUAGAUCGUAUACCCAGUUUGGUAAAGGAUUAAACGGGAUGUUAUAAUAGCAAGUUUUGUUUGUAUUCAAGCUAAAGUUCAAAGAUAAGACAAGUCAAAGGCAGACAUCAAACAGCGUGGAAUAAGCCUGAUUAACUGAAGAAACAGCAAAGAAAACGUCUAGGUUCCAAGCAUAUUCCAAGCGAAUCAAAGCAGGCACUGAACAGCCAAGAACUAUCUUUACUUCAGAUUUUUAUCCAUAGACCAGUUCAAACGAUGGCAAACCAUACCAACACAACAGAGCCAGGAGAAUAUUUCAUGGUAGGAUGGUUUAAAUAUCCCAAAGACCUCGAUAUCAACUAUGAUCUUCUUCAAUUACUAUAUAUCAUCAUUAUGAUCACAUCUCUGCCAUUAAAUGUCAUAUUCCUAGCAAUGAUAAUCAAAAACCCUGGCAGUAAAACUUGGACUAAUAUGAGCAUUAUUCUCGCAAGUAUUUGCGUGUUGUUUUUAACUGUAAACAGUAUCACUACAGCGAACCAAGUUUAUAGAAUAUAUCACGGAGAUCAGACGACACUUAUAAGUGAUAAUGUGAUCAAAAAUGUCCUACAAGUAACAUUCACAAAAUAUUACUCUAGCGCUUUCCUUUUAGCGCUUAUUACAUACGCUAUGAUAGUUAAACCACUGCUAUAUAAAGCUCUGGCGCCUAAACCACGAACUAUGGUGUUUAUAAUAUUGGGACUGUGGCUAACUGGCGCAGGAGUGUUUUUGAUGCUACCACUAUUUAUCGACGAUGAUAUUAUGCGGACGAUUGCGGUUUUAUUUUGUUGGAUAAUGACAUUUGUGAUAGGGAUUAUGUAUGCAAAAAUUUUGACCACACUUCGACGUAGAAAACGUGAACUACAAGGCACAUUAAAUGUGGCAGCCUCACGUCAGGGUUUACUGGUUAUUAAACAGAAUUCAAAGCUAGCUACAACACUGUUUUUAUAUAUUUUAUUCAUGGUUCUCAUGACACUACCUAUAGGUACAUGUUUAUUUUUAUUAAACAACUGCCCGCCAUGUAAUAAUCCACUAACUAUAAAGAUUAUUCUCCAUCUCAUUCCCGUCUCGGUGUCAAUGACUGUCUUGUUCCCAAUCCACUGGCUGUUCGGCACGCCACAGUACUACAACGAGAUCAAGAGACUGGCUUCGAAACUAAUGACGUGUUUCAAACAUUAAAUGCCACAGAUCUCAAAUGAAAACUGGAUAGCGCAAUCCGUUGUUAACUAACUGGUACACAUAAUGAAUCCAGUUUAAAAAACAUAGAGAUUCAGUUUAGUUCUAUUUGUAAGAUCAUUGAUUGAAAACAUUCUUACAAUGUACAAACAGAGAUAAACGGAAAUCAUUUAACACUAACAUGUAAUUACAUAAAUGGGUAAACCUAUCCAUUUGCAUGCAAAUAUUUAACAAAAGGAUAUUCUGCAGUCUAAAAAUUUUAUUCUGAAUUAUUCUUCUUUUAUCAAAGAGCAAAUAAUGCAAUACUCUAAUAUGAAGAGAUAAAUACUGUAUUUCUGUGAUAUUGUAAUAAAUUCAUUUUGAAAUCAAAGUUUGGAUUUGAAACACGACACGAAAUUAUAAUGAACUUUAAGAUAAUUAGAAAUAUAGGACAAAAUUAUGGAUAAAAUGAAAUAUACUGAGCUUUACGGAAAUUACUUUUCCUGGC